AUGGAAUCACCCCAAAAACCACCUGGACCGCCACCGCGUCCGCCGCCGUCACUCCGGCAGCGGACGCAGUCGCAAGAGGCCAGAAUGCCUAAGCCGAUCGACGAAUCACAACUGUCGCCGAAAGAGCGAUAUGUAUUGAGUCAGCGACGUGAAGUGGACCGGGUGCUUUUAAGGGCCUUCCGCAUGAAUCCCUACGACGUGCUGGACCUUACACAGGAUGCUGAUGACAAGUCCAUCCAAAAAGCCUAUCGAAAAAAAAGUCUGCUGAUUCAUCCAGAUAAGAUGGCUGACGACCAGGCACGCGCCGAAGAAGCAUUUGAUCUCCUCAAAAAAUCACUGGAUCAUCUACUCGACGCCGAUCGACGCAAAUUACUUGAUGAGACUGUUGUGAGUGCGCGGUGCCUUGCAUUACGGGAGCUAGGUCUCCCAAUGACACUUACACCCGAAGAGAUUGAGUUGGAGAAAGUGCCUGGUGGACGCUUGGAUCAGCUUGCUCCUUCUUUUGAUGACCGGAUCAAGAUCUUUGUGAAGGAUAUUGUGUUGGACGAAGAGCUGAAAAAACGAAAAAAGGAUGUGGACGAGUGGCGCUUACACGAUACGCUGCAGAGCAGUCCAGCAGAAGCAAGAAGCUGA